ACUAUUCAAAGCAAAAACUUUUGCACAAUACUCCGAAGGAAUACUGUUUUGUACAUUAACACCAAUGCGUUUCGCAUUGUAUAUUAUUUUGGUACACAAAAAAUCGAUACUACGUGGUCUUGCAAAGGAAUUUGAAGUGAUCAGCGAAAAAAGUACGCCAAUUUUUUUUUCCAUAAAUCAGCCAUUAAAUUGAAAUAAAUUACUGGUGCAACUAGUGUUAAGCUUAUAAUUUGUUCCAGCUAAAGCUAUAAGUUAUAUAUAACAAGUUCAAUGUGACUGUCAUGAUUGAAUCGUUGCGACAAGAAAAUUCCUUCAGAUUACAACAACAACUCUAUACCAAAAAAAUGUUAUGUUGCACUUUAAAAAUAAAAUAUUCUAAGGGAUUUUUUUUGUCACAACGUUUCAAUUUAUGAUAUUUAAAUCAAUAAAGCAAAGUUGCUUUUCAAGUCUAUUCAUAAUCAUAAUAUUAAUCGUUUUAUCGUUUUUCAAUCAUAGGAAGUACUAAUCUGAAUAUUCGCAUAAUUUAUGCAAAAAAAAUUGAAAUGGCUGAAAGACGCGCAAAGAUAAUUUGGAACAGUUUGACCACAAUUGCUAUAUUCGCUGCAUCAAUGAAAUUUGUUACAUCAUUCGUCAAAUACUAUGUGUCGAAUCUCUCCGAAGAAUCUUUUGAACUGAUUUUUUCAUCCGAAAUACCAUGGAAUUGGAAAGAACCAAUUGGAUAUUUGGUCGCAGGAUGCGUGCAAUUUACUUGGUUUUAUGGAGGCAUCUAUAUAGUCAUUUGUACUAUGUUGUGCUUUGUUGGAUUUUGUACGUUGUUUGAAGCCUUUACAUUGGACAUUGGAAGAAACUUACUGGAUCUGAAUGAUAAUAUCGUUGAGGCUCAUGGACAUUUUAAAUCGGAGCGUCGAAUCGAAUUGUACCAACAGUUUUCGAAAAUUAUACAGUUUCAUUCGAUCGCAAGGGAUUUCGUCGACCGCUUCUCAACCGCAUACAGUUUAAUUCUAUUGAUUUUCUUCGGACUAGCAACAACUUGCAUUUGCGCUUCUCUUUUGAGCCUCAAUUCGGCAUUUGAUGCGCAGCAUUUUGUCGACAUCCUACGCCUAGUCAUAUAUCUUUUCUUUAUGACGACCUAUAUUGCUUUCCUUUGCUAUUUUGGGGACGAAGUACAUACCAGAUUUGAAACAAUCAAUUACUCAAUUUAUCAAUGCUGUUGGUAUGAAUUCCCAUUGGAAAUGCAGAAGCUACAGAUAACAAUGUUGAACGUGGCUCAAAAACCGGUCUAUGUCCGGGGAUACAUGAAUACACGAUGCACUCGCGAUGUACUUCAAACGAUUAUAAACGCUGCGUUCUCCUACUUUUCAAUACUACGCGGUGUCAGCCAAUAACUCAUCUUAGAUGAAGGAAGAUUGACAACAUUGCGACUAAGUAAUCAUCGGAGAAUUUCAACCUGAACUUUUCAAACUAAUUGCUAGUGCCCUGAAUUUCACCUAGAAUUUUAUCAGCAGUGCUGAUUCAGCACUUAAUAGCACUCACCAAAUGUAUUAUCUAUUUUUUUCUUAUGGUACACUAGUAGACUUAACAUAUGAUGGAAAUAUCGCCGAAGUACUUGUAUUUUGUUAUGUGAAAUUAGAAGCUAAAUGAAAGAAUCUUUUGUAUGCACAAUGCACAUACAUAUUAUGCAAACUAAAUUAGUUAAAAGAAAACCAGUUUUUAACUGUUUCAAUGUAACAAAUACAUAUAUAAUUUAUUUCAAUUAAAGCAUGUUGAACAUGAUAUCAUAGAUAGCACUU